AUGGUUUCCCUCAGGACCGGAGACAAUGGCAGCACUCACGCUUUGUAUCUCGAGACCAUAGUCGAAGAGACGAGUGAUGAUUUACGUUCAGAACGGUCCUCGGCAGCCACUUGGCUGUCUGACUCCGAUGCAGAUUCUGUCAUACAUGUACGCGGAAAUGGAGGCUCGGAGUGCGACAGCGAGUCGGAACGCGAGUGGGCCUGUCCCGCCAAGCGGCGGCGUCGAGAGCGCCCUCACUCUCCCACCAGCACGGGUACUCUCUCGCGGUCUUCCAGCCUCGCGCAGUUCGAGUCGUUGGAGCGUUCGUGCGCGGCGCCGCUCUCUCCGAGUCUCUCCCCGGAUUCCCUCGAGUCCCCGCCCUGCUCUCCGCCGCCAUCGCGGCCGGCGCCUCGCGCCCACCUCUCGGCGGAAAACCUCAGCGAGGACAGCGGCUACUGCGAGCGGUCUCGCCGGCCGCCGCCGGCCGCCCGUCUGCCAGAAAUAGCGCACACGAGCGGCAGCGUGCCCUGCCUCGCCUCGCCCAGUGCCGGCCGCCGUCCGCCGAGAGCCGCCCGCGCCCUGUCCUUACCGGCCGAGCUCGACGUCUGCGUCGAGACCCGACGCUCGACGCAACACUCGGCGCGCUUCCGGCAGACCUUCGAGGUGUGCGACAGCUUCACGGUGAGCGUGGCCGACCUCACCGCCCUGGACUACCGGGCGCCGGCGCCGCGGAGGCCUCGCCUGCCCCCGCCGCCUCCGCCGUGCAGACCGGCACACCGACCGCCCCCGCCUCCCGAAACAUGCGCGAGAACGUGCCGGGAGCCCAGCGCCGGCAGCGACUCCACUACCGAAUCCGAAAAGGCCUUCACGGCAGAAAUGGAGAAAACCGCUCGAAGGCUCGACGAAAACUCGAAGCGGGCGCUCGCCGAUGCCGGCAAUUACGAACGAGAGAUCUCAGUGCUGACGGCGAAACGGUUGAGAGACUCCUGGGGCGCGUGGGAUGACGUCCUCGAUGAGUUAAGAAAGAGGAUCGAGCCUCGAUCGCCCGUUCCCUCCCCGCCUCGGACGCCCUCGCCGGACCCGAUUCGGGCGCCAGCUUUCACGUCGACGCCCCUGCGCUCGGGAGACGUGCACGUCAGAUCGACCCCCGAGCUGCGCUCUCGGGCGACAUCCGACAGAGGAACCCCCGAAGAACUGCGCGCCUCGCUCCAAUUAGUGGCGUCUCCGGUCCCGGACGGCGGGCCGCCGGUCCGCUCAGUGUCUAGCGGGUCCAAGGGGGUGACGUUUUCGCCGGUCGUCGCCGAAGUGAGCUGGCGCGAGUCUAGCGCCAGUACGGAAUUGAGCUCUAGCGCGAGCGACGACGCGGCGGACGCGGAGGUAAUAGUUGUGGAGGGGAGCGAGCCGCCGCGCGCGCCGGCCGCAGAGCGACUCAUCGACAUGACCGAGACGCGCGCGCCGCGCAGCCGCAUAGCGGGCUUUCUUUCGCGCUUCGCGAACUUCCGUUUCUCGGGACGGAAGGAGAAAAAGCGCGCAGGCGCGACAGUUCGAGGGACGACCGCCGCGGCGGCGACUGCAGACGGGGUGGGAUCGCGCGCGGCGAACGGCGGACAGAGCGUGCGGGUCCCGCUCGCGGAGGGUGUGUCGCGGGCCCCGCCGGCUGAGGGAGUAUCGCUGACCCUGGACGGGACGGGGCGCGCCGGGCCCGCGCGGCCCGCGCCGCCCGGCGUGCUAGAGACCGAUGUAGACACGCAGCGCACCGUGCUCCACGCGCGUUCGCUGCUCGCGCUGGCGCCGCCCUCGCGCACGCCGAGACCUCAUAAGUCUAUGGAAUUCCUGCUCGAUAAAGACAGCGCCCAGAUAGUACAGGUGAGUGCUUCUCCUUCUUCCCUCUGUAAAGAAAUUGAGAAUCAUAAUUUUAACGAUAGGCCCCAUAAGUGUUCGGGUCAUUGUAAAACGUAUAAAACCUUAGAGUGUUUCCCCGUGCACAUAAAUAGUAAUAAACGCGAGCCCCUAUCCCGCCGACCGACAUCUGGCGAUAACAAUUAA